AUGUAAGAAACACACGAACAAUAGGUUUAAAAUAGGUUUCUCCACUUUUUACAGGAGUUUAGAACAAUAAACCCCUAUACAGGAUAAAAUGUCUAUUACUACCAAGAGGAAGCUCGUAUAAUGAGAGAUAAUGAUCGUACUACAUUGAAUUUGGAUUUCACUCAUAUAAAUUUGACGGAUGGAUAUUAGGAUCUAUCUAUAAUUAUGCAAUCAGACUUUUAUCAAUAUGAGCCAAGUUUUAGAAGAGCUAUUCAAGAGUUUAUGUUCAUAUAGCAUUAAGAUGUUGAAGAUUAAUGUAAAUGUUGAUAUAAAUAAAUUUAGAAAAGCUCUACUUUUUAGCAGUUUUUAACUUGCCUGCAAUAGAAAAGAUAAGAGAAUUAAAGGCAAACAAGAUUGGAAAAUUAACUUCAUUUAUAGGGACAGUAACUCGUACAUAUGAAGUAAGACCAGAAUUGUUGUCAGCUUAAUUCAGUUGUUAGAUGUGUGAUAGAUUAAUAGACAAUGUUGAACAACAAUUUAAAUUUACAGAACCAAAGAAGGUAUAGAUGAUGAUAAAUAAAAUAUUAGUGUCCAAAUACAAAGUGUGAUAAUAAAUCAAAAUGGACAAUAAAUCUAAAUAAAUCAUAAUUUACAGAUUUUUAGAAGGUGAGAGUAUAAGAAGAUUCAAAAGAAAUCCCUGCUGGUUCGAUGCCUAGAUCAAUAGAUGUCAUUUUACAUAAUGAGAAAUGUGAUGCUGCAAAACCUGGUGACAAAUGUACAUUUAAUGGAUAUUUAACUGUUAUUCCUGAUGUGUUUAGUUUAAGUAAACCAGGGUUAAAGUGUUCUAUGUCAACAUAGAAUUAAGGAAAUAAUUAAAGGGGAUAAACAUAAGAUGGUAUAACUGGAUUGAAAUAAUUGGGUGUUAAAGAUCUAUGUUAUAAGUUUGUAUUUAUAGCUUGCAGUGUAGAAACAAAUAAUGAUAGAUUUAACUCUUAGAAAUCAACAAUAGAUGAUAAAGAAUAUACAGAGAGUUUGGCUGAUUAGGAUGCAAAGAGAGGGCAAUAAUUUGAUGAUAUUGAAAAAUUGGAAAUUUUAGAAAUGAAAAAGUAGCCAGAUCUUUUUAAGAAUUUAGCAAAUUCGAUAGCACCAGCAGUAUAAGGAUAUGAGGAUAUAAAAAAAGGAAUUUUAUUAAUGUUAAUGGGAGGAGUGAAUAAGACAACUAAAGAAGGAGUUCACAUAAGAGGAGAUAUAAAUGUAUGUAUAGUAGGAGAUCCAUCAACAGCAAAAUCAUAAUUUUUAAAAUUUACUUGCAAUUUAUUACCUAGAUCAGUUUAUACAUCAGGUAAGGCUUCAAGUGCAGCAGGUUUGACAGCCUCAGUACAUAGAGAUGUAGAAAAUGGAGAAUUCUGUAUUGAAGCAGGUGCAUUGAUGUUGGCAGAUAAUGGAAUAUGUUGUAUAGAUGAAUUUGAUAAGAUGGAUUCUAAAGAUUAAGUAGCAAUUCAUGAAGCUAUGGAAUAAUAAACUAUAUCUAUUGCUAAGGCAGGUAUCUAAGCAACUUUGAAUGCCAGAACAUCUAUAUUGGCUGCAGCAAAUCCAAUUUUUGGUAGAUAUGACAGAUCUAAAACUCUAAAAUUUAAUGUCAAUAUGACUCAACCAAUUAUGUCUAGAUUUGAUUUAUUCUUUAUUAUUACAGAUGCUUGUAGACCAUUUGUAGAUGAAUAAAUUGCAACACAUAUUGUAAGAUUGCAUAGUCAAUAAGAAGGUGCUAUUGAACCAAGAUUUAGUUAAGAUUAACUUAGAAAAUAUAUUAAAUAUGCACGUACAUUUAAACCUAUUUUAACAAAUGAGAGUGCUUAAUAUUUAAAAGAAGCUUAUAUUAGAUUAAGAGAAAAUGAUCAAACAAGUUAGAGAACAAGUUAUCGUAUAACAGUGAGAUAAUUAGAAUCUUUGAUUCGAUUAUCAGAAGCUUUAGCAAGAGUCUAAUGUGAUGAUGAUAUAAAAAUUACCUAUGUUUAAGAAGCAGAGAAAUUAUUGGGACAAUCUAUUCUGUAAGUAGAUGAAACACCUAAAUUUAUUGAUGAAAUUGAAGAAUAAUAACCUAUACCAACUAGAGCUAUGGGAAUUAUUGAGGAAGAAUUAUAGUAGAGAGAAAAAGAAAAAAAAAGAUAAGGAUAGAAAAUUUAAUUGGCUUAAGAUGAAUAUUUAGAUAUUGUAAGAUCAGUAACAUCAUUUAUGAUUCAAAAGGAAAGAGAAAUGUAAGAGGAAAUCACAGAAUCUAAAGGUGUUAAAUGGGAAGAUUUAACUGAAUGGUACAUUGUUAACAAAUUAGAUUAAAUUUAACAUGAAGAAGAAGUUCAUUAAUAUGAAAGAUUGGUUAGUGCUGUUAUUAGAUAAAUGAUCAAUAAAGAGAAGAUUUUAGUUGUUGUUAAUGAUAAUUUAGAUUAGAAUCUUCGUGAAUUAGCACUACACCCUAAUGUACCUAGAUGA